UGAAUCGCUGCUGUUUUCAGCCCAAUGCAUGUGCACCCCCUUUCUUCCAGCUGCUUGCACACCUCCAUUGCACACCUGUACCACGCUCCUCCCCUCCCUCCCUCCUGCUGGUCCCCAGCCCAUGCCUUCUCCUCUCCCCUGGACUUCUGCAGGCAGCUUUGCCCAUGUCUCUGCUCCAGUCAGGGCAACCAGCCCAAGCAUUUUAAUCCUGUUCCAGCUGUCAGGUUCUCUCUCAAUGGGAGGGCAGUCAUAUGAGUGUCUCACUGCUCAUCCACAAGCAAGAGCAGCAGCAGCUUCCCUCCCCAGUGAUGCGCACAGUUGCAUGCACACAUGUGUUCCCCCUUCCUCCUCCUCUCUUCACCAGGAGCCCUGACCUCCCUCUCCCCUCCAUCUCUCCCAGGCCCCUUGGCAGCUGACCCCCUGCGCUCCUGUUUCUUCUCUGCCAGCUUCAAGGCCGAGCUCUGCAGCAAACUGCGGUUUGCACAGUAGCACAGGGAACGCUGGAGCCCAGGGAAAACAGGAGGGUCAGGUGAUGGCACACUGGAAAUGAAUAAUGCAGCGCUCACUGACUGACUGCAGGCGCUGUGUUAAUAUUACAUUCUCAGAGCCUCCAGCUCUUUGUUUCUUCAAGGCCUCCUGACUUAGAUCUCAUCUGUACCUCUUUGCGGCUUUCAGCCCAGAAAGCAAGACAACUUCUUGCUGUGUGGGACGUAGAGAUAGAUGCUACUUUUCAAGGGUGGCAGCCAGGCUCACUGACUCACUCCAGACUCAUCCUGUGCACUGCUCUGCUGGGCUUCCCCCCAGGUUUUGGGUUGUCACUCUCUGCACUAUGUGGUGUAGGUGUGGAAUUCCUGUAUCUCACCCAUUUUACCUCUACAUAGGAACUAUCCUGUCCCAUUCCAAUUCCAUACACACCCACCCUCACAAAUGCUUCCAGCUCUGUGUCCCUGCCCACCCCCAACUUCUACCCUCACUAGGCUGCCUCUUUGCAGUCCCAAAUCUACCCCUAUUCCUGUAGACACCCUCCAGCCCUUCUCAAUACCACUGUUUCCACCUUGAUCUGCAACCCACUUCACCUUACCACUUCCCCAGCCGCAUCCCCUUUCCCUGCCCUCUCUCCCUGCCCAGGCAGGCAGGGAUGCCCCAGCUUGGACUGAGACUGUUGGGGCUGAUACAAACAUGGUCUGAACCUGCUGUGAUGUGCUGCAAUUUUCCCAUCUGGCAUCCUUUGUCAGAGAUAAACGCUGCACAAGGACCUCUGCCAGUGUUAAUUCCUCUGCACUGAUGGGCACCCAGUGAAGAAGCUGCAUCCCCCUUACCCUCCGAGGCCUUUGACGAGAAACAGUAACGCCUGCAACCUCUUCCUGCUUCAUUUCUGGAGGUUUAUUUUCCUGUUUUUAUCCCUUGGCUCGCCGGCCCCAGAGCCCACAUCUUCCUUGCCACUGCUGCUGGACUGGAGGUCUCCCCGGAGCAAGCUGCAGGCCCUUCCUCACAGAGGUGAGUGCUGGCUUCCCAAACUGAGAGGUGGCCUUGGGCUUCUGAGGAGGGACACAUUUGUGCCUAAAGAUGGACCAGUUUUUGUGUGCGGUGCGUGCUCAUAGGGGGUCCUCUGCCCCAGCAAGGAGAUCCUAUGGGACUGGUUGGAGGAGCCAGAUGGUUACCAGUAGGACAUAGGGGAUCACAGAGCCAGAGAGGCUGGGAUGAGCUUUUGGUGUGAUAGAGAAUGGCUUCUGGGAAGGAGAAGUGGCAUGAACUAAGGGGUGGGGGAGCAUGGGGUGAAGGAGCUCGCAUAACCCAAAAAACAAGUUAAUUGCAUGUCAACAGUUGCUAGAUAACAGUGUCUUUCCCUCUUGGCUGCUGCUUAGCGAAGGACAGUUUGUUCUAAUCAAAGCACAACACAGAGAAGGCUCGUUAGGAGAUAGGCUCCCCGUUGGUGCUCCCGGCCUGAGUGCAGUGUUACUUAGGCUGGAGGAAGCUCUGCAGCAAAUCACAAUACCUUGAGCAGCGGUAAUAACGUGUUCCUUCACAAUGAUAAUCGUGUUGUGUUUCAGGUGGCUCUGAGGGCUCCCUCCCAUCCCCUCUUAGCUGCCACCAUCCAACCCAUGACCACCCCUCUGGAUCAGGAGGAGGUAGCCUUAGUUGCCUCUCCUCUGUGGAGCACAACUACUUCAAGAAAGGCAAAGUGCAGCCAGUUCCAGGAGGUGGUCCCAGGUGAAGGACCUCCCUUGGGGAGGGAGCCUGGUGGGAUGCUGCUGCUGCAAGAUGUGGCACUGCCCUGUGGUGAAGGUGCCAAGACCACUCACUGCCCCUGACUUUGCACCUGAGCCCUGUUGAACACCAGCCAGGAUUCAGGCUUGCCAAACCAAGCAAUCCCAAGAAGUUUGGGGUUGUAAGAGGAAUAUAAAGGAAUCCAGGUGAAAGGACAGGGGCUCCUUGAGGAGACUGGGAGCACAGGAGCUGCUGUGGUGGGGACAUGAAUGAGGGCAGGAGAAAGGGGUUUUGGGUACUCUCGAGCCAGGCAGACGUGGGCUGACUGAUCUCAAUAGCAUUCUUGCCAGUGACAUCAGGAGGCUCUUGAUGUCAUCAUUUAACCCGCUGGUUGGGAAUGGCAUCUCUGGGAGAAAAAUGUGUGUCAGACAAAGGCCAGGAUUGGCUGCCUUGGGACCAGAGGUCUGUUGGCUACUGUGGUCAACAGCAAGCAGCGACCCCUCGCCUAUGGCCAUGCACAGAUGCUGUGUCCUCCUUUCUUCCUGUGCAGGUCCACGUAGUCAGAUGGGGAGAUGCCAGCAGGCUGGAAUGCCUCCUCUGAAAGCCUGGAGCUGCGAGCUGCAGGGAUUAUCGUGCCAGUCAUCUUUUCCCUCAUCUUCCUUUUGGGCACUGUGGGGAACGGGCUGGUGCUUGCUGUGCUGCUACGGAAUGGCCAAGUCAAGUACAACACCACCAACCUCUUCAUCCUUAACCUGGCCAUGGCUGACCUGUGCUUCAUCAUCUUCUGCGUCCCCUUCCAGGCCACCAUUUACACCCUGGAUGGGUGGCUUUUUGGAGCCUUUGCCUGCAAGGCUGUGCAUUUCCUGAUCUACCUCACCAUGUAUGCCAGCAGCUUUACCCUGGCCGCUGUCUCCAUUGACAGAUACCUGGCUAUUCGCUAUCCGCUGAAGUCCAGGGAUCUCCGUACCUCCAGAAAUGCAGGAGUGGCCAUUGUAGCGAUCUGGUCACUGUCGCUGCUCUUCGCGGGGCCUUACCUCAGUUACUACCAGAUUGUCCAUUACCACAGGGUGCCCAUCUGCAUCCCCAUCUGGGAGGACCGGCGCCGAAAGAUUCUGGACAUCCUCACAUUUGUCUUUGGAUACCUCCUGCCCGUGAUUGUGGUGAGCCUGGCCUACGCCAGGACUAUCAAGUUCCUGUGGACGUCUGUAGACCCCAUAGAAAGGAUCUCAGAGUCCCGGAAGGCCAAGUGUAAGGUCACCAAGAUGAUCGUGGCUGUGGCCAUCCUGUUCUGCCUCUGCUGGCUGCCCCACCACCUGGUCAUCCUGUGCUUCUGGUUUGGUCAUUUCCCCUUCAACCGAGCCACUUAUGUUUGCCGCCUGGCUUCCCACUGCCUCUCUUAUGCCAACUCCUGCCUCAACCCCAUCGUCUAUGCCCUCAUCUCCAAGCAUUUCCGCAAGCAUUUCAAACAGGUCUUCACCUGCCUCUUCUUCCAGAACAAGCCCAGGAAGAAGAAGAGGAGAGUUGGAAAGAAAGUCCAUGUGGGCAAAGGUUUCACCAACAGCACCAAAGGUUUCUAUGGAAACAACACUGAAGUGACCCAGAUCCCAGAGAGGAACACCAGGAAGAGGGACCCUAAAGGUGCCAGUCGUGAUGCCAGAGUAUGGACUCACCACCUACAAGAUGCCAUGGUCUCUGUGCAGAAGGAGCAGCUGGAGGAGGGAAGUUUGGCAACAGCUGGCCAUCCCCUUGCAAUGACCCCUCCAAGAGAAACCGAGGACUUUCUUACAGUCCAUCACAGAUAAACAAAGUGAAGAAGCCUGUUUUCCAGCUUGUGAGUAGCCACUCAAUUCCAAAAUGGCCAGGAUAAUGGGAAGUAGAGAGGAAUGGACACAAUAGAGCCACAAAAACAUUCUGUGGCAAUGGUUAACCCAUUGUCCCCAAACACCUUCACUCACUGACCCAGAGCAUUCAUGUAGGAAUGGCAUAAUCCACCCAUACAAAUGCAGAGUGGAGGGACAUGACGUAAUGCAAAGGGACCUGAGCGGCGUUCCUGCAACGUGAUUUAAGGCCUUCAUUUCCCAAUUUCCAAACCUGCUAAUUCUGUGCAGCACCUUGAAACUCUAAGAGAGAGGCAAUUAAAAUGAAACCAUCCUGGUAGGAAAUCCAGGCUAUUAAGGGCACAUCACAGCAUGUGUGGGAGAGAUGGGCAGAGCCCAUGGAGACCUCUCCCUGUUGGGGCUGGGGUGCUGUGCCCAGCCCCAAGAAGUAAAACACUGUGCCCUGCCCACACGUGCUUUUCCCAUGGUCCAGGAGCAGCCCUAACCCACCUCCAUUCCUUUCUCGAGCCCUGCAUCCAGAUCAGAGGGCCUUUGCCAGGCUGUCUCAUGGGCAAGGAAGUCAGCCGUCUAUGCCAACAGCUCGACAAUGCAAACUCUUCAUCAGUUGCUAGUCAUACUCAAAUGAUUUAUGCCAUGGCAGGUGAAGAUUGGAAAGGCUUGUGUGCUGACACCUCUGUGUACCACCCCUCUGACCUGUGGCUUCUCUGAAGUUCAAGGAGGAAAGGACUGUCUGUCCAGUCUCUUUCCACCCUGCCCCACCACAAAUACCCACCGGAGAAUGCUUCCCAGAGCUUUUUCCCACCUGGCUUUACAUCAAGCAGACCCUGCAGGGCACUGUCCCACUUCCUAAUGCUGCUUACAGUUCAAAUGUCUUUACAGAUAGCCACCCUCAGUUCUUCACGAACAAACCUGGCAACUCCUUCCACCACUUGUGACCCGCCUUUUUGCUUACUUUCUGUUUGCCUUUUGCAGAUUCCUGAGCGGUCCUGUCUCCUCUUUGAACUUUCCUUGCUACUCAGGGUUUCAUCCUUCCCUUCUGGGGCCGAAGGACCUGUUGGUCUCUGAGCAGUGAUAUUAUUCAUUGAUAUUAACCCUGCGUGUGUGGUUUAG